AUGAAAUCCUUAAACUAGGUUUCUUAGAUCAUUUAAAUUCGGUGUUUAUUUAGAGUCAUUUUGGUUUUAUAAUCUAUUAUCUAAAUAAUAGUUGCGGCUGAUAAUGUUUUGAAUAUUUAUGUUAAUUCUGAUAGCCCAUCAAAUGGAGAUGGUUCACAAGCCAAGCCUUACUAAGAUUUAUUUUAUGCUAUGAAUAUUAUUUCUAAGGUUGUCACAGAGUUUCCUCAAUAAGACGAUUAAAGCUCAAACCCUUAAAUAGAUAUUAAUGCUGCAAAUUCUUAUGUUAUUUAUCUAAAUGCAGAUGCUCAAAAAGCUUACAAUAUGUUUAAUCCAGCAAACUCUCCUAAAUCUUAUUUGAUUAAUUCUGCAUAGGCUGUUAGUAUUAUGCAAUAUUCAAGUGGAAGUUCUGUAUAAAAUAAGCCUACAAUUCAGUUAUAAGAUUUUUUAUAGGUUUAAAAUACCUCAUUUUCACUAUUUGGUUGCAAGUUAGUUUUUAUAAUAAAUGAUGCAAACAAAUUGAUGUAACAGCAAACAAAACAAAUAUGUUAAUUAGAUCUCAUAGGUUCUAUCCCAUAAGUGAAUUAAGUUACUCUCUAAAUACUUGAUUAGACAACUGGAGGUUACAUUCCAACUGAACAAUCGAUAAUUAAAUUGGAAAAAAAGUUAGAAGCUGAAAGAAACAAAAUAAAUAGAGAUUAUUUAGAUAAUUAAGGAGCUUAGAGUGAACACACAAAUUAGCAUGAAAAGCAAGAUAUCUCUUCAGGUUAAAAAUAAGUCUACUUGUAAAGAUCCUUUUUCUGUACUCACUAACAAAAGACUCUAAAUGCUUUUAAUACUAAAUCUCCUUCAGAUUUGUAAAAACAAAAAGGAUUAUUAAACAACACAAAUUUAGGAAAUCAAUAGUAUGACUAAGACUAAAUAAUAGAUAACAAAUUUUAUAUUAAAAAUACUACAUAAAAUUAAGAAUUAAAAAUUUAAACUAAUAGCUUGAAUGAUAGUAAACUAAAGUUAAGCGAUCCUUCUUAAUGCGCAUUUAAUCAAUUAGAUAUUAUAGAUUCAUAUAUUAAGGUAGACUCAGAAAACUUUUACAAAAUAUGGGUAGGAAGCAUAAUAGAAUUAAAUUUUGCAAGCAAUGAUAUUUUUGAUAUAAACACAUGUGAAUUAAGCAACAUUUAAGUCAAAAAUCUCUAGUUAGCUAGCGACAUAGAAGGAAGUAUUUUUAAAUUGAACUACAAUAGUUAGUAAGACGUUGAUUUCUAGAGCAAUGUUGUAAAAAAUAUCUACAUUGAUACCUGCACUCUUUACAUGGUUAAUAUUUUUGAGCUAAAUUUACUUUAGAGCGAGAUGAAAGAGUGCAUAUUUAAAAAUUUUACCCUUACUAAUUCUUUAUUAUAAAGCUCUGUUGGCUUAGAUUAAAGCGAGUUUAUAAAGAUAAGUAUUUAAAACACACAGUCAUCUAUUAAAAGAUCUCUUUAUUUAAUUGAUCAUACACUAAAAGGCAAUAAAUUUAUUAAUGGUAGAUUCUUCUCAGUAUAACCUGAAUUAUAAACAGAACAAGUUAGGACAAUCAUUCAAAACAUAACAAUAGACAAUAACUACGCUGUUAACACGAAUUCUUAAGAAGUUUAAAUGUUUAGUAAUGCUACUCAAAUAAACAUUUUUGAUUCAAAUAUACAGAAUAAUGUUUUUGAGUAAAUAGUGGUAUUUGAAUCUAACUUCUUCCAAGUAGUGGAUACUAUAGUAUUCAACAACAACUAAGUUUACAAUAACACCCUAACUAAUUCUGUUUUUUACUCAGCUAAUGUUAUGGAUGCAUCCAAAGUAUAAAUAGAAAAUAAUUUGUUCUACCAUAAUUACUAGAUCUAUAACGAAUCUUUAUGCAUUAACGAGUAAGUUCUAAUCCAGUCCACUAUGUUUAAAAUAUAAGGAAAGCCUUCUAAUCUCUCCUUUUUAAAUAACAAUAUAAGAGUUGGAAAACCAAUUGAUUCAAAAAGUAAAGACUGCAACAGUUAUUAUGAAUAGUUUACUUAUUUUAUGCAUAUAACUUCAGUACAGUAUUUGAAUAUUUAGUAUGUUACCUUUGAGGAUAUAUGCACAACUUAGAAGUAUUUUUUAAAAGAUUUAUCACCAAAAUACUUUUAGUAAGGUAAUUCAGCUAUUAAUUCAGAUAAUUUAAACUCUGAAACGAGAGGGGGUUUUGUUCAAGUAUCAGGAUUUCUUAGAGUGGAUUUCAAAAACAAUAUUUUUAGAAAUAUUUUAACAUCUAGUCCUCUUGUUAAUAUGGAUGAUGAGUUUUACGUUUCUUCAAGGCCUAAACUCACUAAUGUCUAAAAUGUUACUUUAGAGAGAAAUACUCUUCUUUUGAUUAGCGAGUCUUCUUUGCUUUAUUUCACAUAUCAAGAUUAAAAUCAAAUUACAUUUUUAGACAAUAAAUUUAUAAAUAAUAUCUUAAUAAUUGCUAUGGAUAGACUUAUCGGAUAUACUGCUCCUUGCCUCACAUUUAGAGGAUACAACUCUGUUUUUAACAUGUAGAACAAUAUAUUUAGUUCAACAGCGAUAAGGUUUGAAGUCUAUAGUCUUUCGAUGGGAGGCAAUGCACUUAUUGCAGCUGCUUAAAUUUAUAUUAAAGAUUCAUAAUUUUUAAAUAGUUGCUAGAACAUCAUAGAUUCUUCUGUUGCUUUUUCUCCUGAUGAAAGGCAGUGCUAGAAAAAUUUAACUGAUAUUGAUGAAACUUUUUUAAAAUUUUCUGAUGGUGGUGCUUUAAAUUUAUUUGGGACAAAUUAAAUAUUAAUUUAGAAUAACAUAUUCUAAAAUAAUGAAGCAAAAAGAGGUGGAGCUAUUUUCUUAAGUGGUUAGGUGAAUGACAUCUACAUACAGCAUAACAAUUUUACAUAAAACAGUGCAAUCGAAGGAGGUGUCAUAUACUCGGAAUAAGUAAAAGUUAUGAAUAAAAUUUUAAUGUCUGAUUUGAUAUUCCUGGGUAAUUCUGUUCUUAAAUACGGUGUUGUAUUAGAUAGUUUCCUUUUCUUUAAGCAUUUCGAAAUGGAAAAUGUCAUUUUUGCAAAUAACUACAUCAGACCCUAAGGAUCUGACUACACCUACAUGGUUAGACUUGAGAAGUUAGGUAACUGCACAGUUAAGAUAUCUAAAGUGUUCUUCUUUGGCUCUAAUUAACAAAAGUUUUCUGGUGAUUAUCUGCAAAUUUACCAUUCAAAUUAGAAAGAUAGCAGAUCUAAUGUUGAUUUAAUCAAAAAGACAGAGGACAUGAAACCUAUUUAAUUUGAAGAUUGCUAUUUUUACAUAGCAGGUCUUUAAACUUCUUCAAGUUAAAAAAAUUUCCCCUAAGCUGUUACUAUCAUGAGUAGAAAGAUUGAAUAUAAUCCUGUAAAAACUCCAGUUUUCUUAGAUAAUGUUUUGUUUACUGGUGAAAACAGUUUGAUUAAUUUCAUUAAAUACUUCCCAUAAUACGGAGGAAACGAGUAUUUGUUGCAUUUCUUUGACAAUUCAGAAUUAAAAAUAAUUAAAUAUUCAUCUCAAGCAUUCUAUGCUAAUAAUGUGGAUGUUAUUAUGAACAACACAAAUGUUAUCAACAUUCUACAUUAUAAUGGAUGUGUUACAGUUAGAAACUCAUAUUUGUAAAUAACUAAUGGAGAAUUUGAGAUGAAUUAAAAGGCAGCAAAAUACUAAAAUGCAUCUUAGUUGAUGAUUACAAGUGAGAAACCAGAAAAACACAAGAGUCUAAUUCAAAAUGUCAAAUUUAAAGGAUAUGUUCCUAUGGCAGGAGAGUAAUAAUAUGAUUCUUAGAUGAUCUCAAUAACUAACAUUUAGAAUGUGGUUAUAGAUAACUGUAAUUUUACUGAUGCUUCUGCAGAUUAUGGAUCUGCCAUUUAAGUGCUCGAAUAAGUGAAGAACAUAAGCAUAACGAAUUCCAAAUUCCAAAAUAACUGGUCAAGAAGUACAGGAGGUUCAGUCUACAUAUCUAAAGAUUGUUCCUUUUUGAAUAUAGUAAAAAACACCUUCAAAAACUCGAAAAGUUACUACAGUUUAGGAGGAGCUAUUUUCAUUUACAAGAUGAAUGAUCAUUUCAACAUAACAUAAAAUGAAUUUUACAACAAUUUAGCUGUUUUUGGAAACAGCAUUUCUAUCUUAUCAUUUGACUAAAACUCACUAAAUUCGUUUUUAGGAUUUAACACAUACACUUAAAAUUUAGUUGACUACAUAGCACUGGUUCAUCAAUUUGCAUAAAAAGCUUAAUAAAAUAAAGCCAUUUAAACUGAAAAUUAGAAUGUGCUAUACGACUGGCAAUAAAUAAUCCCUUCCAGCGAAAUUUGUUUAAAUUUCACUAUUUCAUAGAGGUCUUUUUCCUACGAAUGGAAUUUCUAACAGACUACUCUUUAAAAUUCUACAUCUUAACAAACUUUUGAAAAUCUAAAAGUAGAUGAGUUCAUUAAAUACAACAACUAUUAAAAGACUAAAAGUUUAUUUACUAACAAGUAAAGUAGUCUACCUUAAGAUAAAGAAUUAAUAUCUUCAAAAAUAGAAAAUGAUUUAAGUUAUAUAACUAAAGUGAAGUACGUUUUAAACGCAGUAGGUGAGGAUGCAGUCUAUACGCCAAUAAAACCAAGUAUGCAAACACAGUUUUCUUCAAGUUACGAUACAUAGAAUGAUAUUCUGACAAUUUAAAACGAUCAGUUUGUAAUCUCAAACUAAAGAGGCUAUCUACAAACUGUUGCAUUUGGAGUUAAUAACCUUAUCACCUAUAAUGGCUACCAAUAGUUUUUAGAAAUCCUCACAUAAUAUAACUUAGUAGACUAAAAUAAGAACUCUACUUACAACUUGCUCUAUUCUGACUCUCAAUCUCUUUCUUCAGUUGUACCAAAUUUUUAGUACUUUAACAAAACAACCUACUAACCUUAUGCUCUUGGCUUAGGUUUGAGUGAAUGUGAUUCUGGUUAUAGCUUUGAUAGGACUUUAAGGGUAUGCAAUUAUUGCUAGCAAGGAGUUUAUACAUUGGACCCAAAAGGAUACAGUUAAUGCCAACCUUGUGUCGCUAAUUCAGUUUGCUUAGGAGGAUAUUAAUUACAAGUAAAUGAGGGAUAUUGGAGAUAUAGCUUAUAUAGUUCUAAUGUUAUUUACUGCAAUAACAAUCCUUAUAAUUGUUUAGUUCCUGAAUCUUCAAAUGUUCCUUAUACAUGCAAGGAAGGCUACCAAGGUCCCCUUUGCCAAGCUUGUGAUAACUAAAAUAACUAUUUCUCAAAUGGAGAUGGAAGAUGCUAUACUUGUAAUAGUAACUGGAUAACUAUUCUCAUAUUUAUUACCAAGAAAUUGAUUUUCCUAUGUUACGAAUGCUUUUUCAUAUACACUGCUGUGUUUGCAAACACCCUAUUUGCUACAAGAGGUCAUGAGUGUCAUGCAUUAAAUGUCAGAAGAUUAAACAAGGUUUAUGUAAGAAUCAUCUAAACAUAUUUCCAAAUUAUGUCUUUAAUUAUCUCCUAAUACUUUAUUGUGGGCUAGGAGCUUUUCAAUUUUGUAAACCAAGUCUUCUAAAUUAUUGGAUUCCCAGUCGAUUCAGUGAAUUACAAUUAUGAGUGCUGGUUUUACUAAUUUUUUGGGUCUAAAAAUGAAAUCUAUGCUUAUUAUGCAAGUUUGAUUUCGCUUUGUGAACCUCUCUUCAAGAUAAGCGUAGUAUUUGUAGUUUGGCUUAUAAAGAGGGCAUUCAAAAUACAAUGGCUAAAAAAUAGAUAUUUCAUCAUAUCUAUAACUUCUAUCAUUCUAAUAGAGCAACUAGGUGUUAUUUAAAUUCUAUUAGGGUCUUUUAAGUGCAUUUCUAUACCAGAUGGUGGCUCUUAUAUGGAAAGGAACCCCAACGUCUCAUGCUAAUCAGAUGAUUAUCACAUCUUUACAGGUUUUAUUUAUAUUCCUAUGAUGGUUUUAUGGGCUGGCGGAUUCACUCUACUGCUAUUCUUUUAUAUUUUCAAAAACAAGAAAAAUUUGGAGUCAAAGCAAAUGAAGCUGUUCUUCGGUUUCUACUAUAUGUGUUUUAGACAAAAGUAUUUUUACUGGGAUGUUAUUAUUUAUAUGAUGAAGUUGCUGUUGUUAAUGUUAAAUUAUUUCGUUUUAGACAGUGAUAAACUCCGUUUUUCUUGCACUACGCUUAUUUUACUUGGAUACUGUUUAGCAAUUAAAAUCUAUAAACCUUAUACUUUAGAUAGAUAAAAUAAGUGUGAUUAAAUUUUAUUCUACAAUCUUAUUUUCACUAUGUUCCUAUGCUAUAAUAUUGAUAAUACUAAUAGCAAUUCACUUAAUAUACUUCUUAUAGCACUACUCUGCAUAUCAAAUCUCUCAUUUUUAGGUUAUAUUUCUUGGAGAAUGUUUUACAUCGUUAGAUACUUCUUCAAGAAGUUUAGAAGUGGUGUUCCCACAAUUUCCAAAAACUCUGUUAAAAAACUUGACAAAAGCCUUUAAGAAGAAAGUGAAGAUGAAGAGCAAAAGAAUUAUUUAAUGUAGGCUGAACUUGAAUAUAACCACUUAGAAAUAGCAAUAAAAGAUGAAAAUAAUGAAGAAGUGAUUAUUAAAGAAGAUGAUGAGGAAAUUCAAAAUAUUAAUUUAAAGUAAGGUGGAGGUAUUAUUCCUUCCAAAAAGCAAGAAACAGAGAAUAUCAGGUAACGUUAUGAAUUGCAUCAAUACCUUAAGAGUAUGGUAGAGCAUAAUCAAAAUUAGCCAGUUUAGAUCGACUAGUUACUAGAUGAAGAUCAAGAAGAUUCAUAUAAUUAAGAUGCUUCUCCUCAUUCAUCUAAUCAUAAUAUUGGAAAAACUAGUUUCGCCUUUUAAAAGAAAGGCCAACAUAACUAAGGUGGUAGCAUUCUAAUAUAAAAUAAUAGGGCUCCUGCAUUUAAGAGUUUUAAUAAUAAUUUAGGUAAACAUGAAUUCGGUAACAAAAAGAAAUCGUUCAUGAAUAGCUAAAUUGGAUAUGAUUCCAGUAAACACUCGAAUCAAUAAUCUGUGAUUUUGAAUUUUAACAACAAUAAUCCCCUAAAGGAUUCUCGUAAUAAAGAAUCUGUUGAAGGAGCAAGUGGAGCUAGCAAUAAUAUUAAAGAUAAUUAUUAUAAUUAGCAUGAAAAUAGAGAAUUCUAGAGUAGCUAUAUUAGCCAUAAUUCAUAACAUGUAUAACAUGUAGCAGCCUUGAAAAAGAGUUUCAUUCACCAUGUGGAAAGAUAAUUUAUGAAUAAAAAAAAGGCUAAAGCAUCAAUGGCUAAUCGCAACUACUCUAAUUAAUAUGGUGAUGAUGAGUAUGGUGAAUAUGAUGAUACUCACGAAUACUUACAUGAAAAUUAUAACAAUAAUAAGAAAAAAUGGACAAAAAGCAAUGUUUAUGUUGAGGAUGAAGUCAGAUAAAGAAACGCACUCGUGAAUAAAAGUGAGCUGUUUUAAGAUUAGAGUGAAUGUAAUCAAGAAUAGAAUUAAAUUGAUUUCACUUAAAGCGAAGCUAUGGAUAAUAACUUUUAACCUUUAACGAGUGUAUUUACAAAUAAUAACGACACAAACAUAUUGGGUUCGAAUAUCAAAGUUAACUAGCUAAAUAGUCACCUAUUUAGUGAUAGAAGAACAAUAAAUAAUAAGCAGUUCAAUCCAUUAACUACUAGGGCUCCAUCUACUCAUAUAGGCUAUACGAGCUAAUAAAUUAGCACUUAGCAAGAAGUAGAAGGUGCAUUUGAGGCAAAAGGAAUACAUAGUGAGGGGAAUCAAGAUGAUUCUAAUGCGGGUCAUUUCACUCAAGAUAAAAAAUAUGAGUCUGACAGUUUUUAUUUGAAGGAUAAAUCAAAUAAUUUUGAUGACGAUGAUGAAGAUGAUGAUAACGAAUAAAAGAGUUACAGAGAUCAUUUCUUAAGCUAAGAGUAGCUUAAUAUGAAGAACAAAAAAAAUUGA